AUGGCAGUUAUUAAUAAUCCAAACAAUUGGCAUUGGACAGACAAGAAUUGUAUUACUUGGGCUCGUAAAUAUUUUGAAGAGCACCUAAUUGGUCUUAAUACAGGAUCAGAUGAGAAGGCACAUUACUGUGAAGUCACUUCCAUUUCAUCCAUGGAAGGUGAUUGUGAAGUGAAUCAACGAAAGGGGAAAGUAAUUUCUUUAUUUGAUUUGAAUAUUGUUAUGAUGAUUAGGGGACAAGUGGAUGAUGAAUCAUUUGAAGGUAGUAUUAGUGUUCCUGAAGUUGCAUUUGAUAGUGCUAUCGAUGAUUAUCAAUUUGAUAUUUCUAUUUAUAAGGAGACAAGUAAGUUGAAUGAAAUCAAACCUAAGAUUAGAGAAAAUUUGAUCCCACAAUUGAGAGAUAAGUUUUUCCAAUUUGGGAAGGAUCUAUUAGUUACACAUGGCUCUGAUAUUUUACUUCCAGAGGAUCAAGUUAAUUCUUCAUAUACAAAACAAAAUCAAGAAAAAAGUUUUGCUAAUUCAUCCUCUUCUAAGAAACAAGCACAAGCACAAACAUCUCAAAUAUCAAAUGAUGUGAAAGAUUCCGCAUCUACUUCUAACACUAAGAAAGAAACAACUACUAUCACAAGUAAUAGUGGGAACACAGCAUCUAUUCAUUUGGAGCCAUCAUUUAAUGUUCCUGCAUCUGAAUUGUAUAGGACAUUUCUUGAAAAGCAACGUGUCAUGGCAUGGAGCAGAUCUAUGAUUAGAUAUCCAUCUGGAGAAAACUCAUCAUCGAAAGAUCUAAGUAUAGGAGAGAAAUUUGAAUUAUUUGGUGGUAAUGUUACCAGUGAAUUGGUUGAAAGUAAAUUGAAUCAAAAAUUAGUAUUCAAUUGGAGAUUGAAUGAUUGGAGAUCUGGGAACACAUCAAGAUUGGAGUUAGAGUUCCAUGAAUCUAAAGAAUAUCAUGAAACGAAAGUGAAAGUUAGUUGGACAGGUAUUCCAAUUGGUGAAGAAGACAGAGUUCGUGCAAAUUUUGAAGAAUAUUAUGUUAGAUCGAUCAAGAUAACAUUUGGUUUCGGAGCUGUUUUAUAA